CUCGACUCGAAGCGAUUCCCAAUUUCUAGAUGCAUUGUGGGUAAUCUUCCAAGAUGGCGGCCGCUAGGAAAGUCUCGGCAAUAAUUUUCGACUUAGAUAACACGCUAAUUGAUACAAGAAACGCUGAUUAUUUCGCUUUCAAACAGGUGAAACAUGUGUUGCGUUCCCAGUAUGCUGAAGUCGAUGCUGAUGAUGUUGUAGCGGCCUUCAAGAAAUACCUUGCCGAGGCUGAGAAGGAUCCCAAUGAAGUCAUUCCUGUGGACGAAUGGCGCACCGAGUUGUGGCAGCGAGCCCUCAACAGCCACCACCCUAAGGACGCAGCUAUGCUACUGUACCGCACUUGGAUGAGUGGUCGUCUGGACCACAUGACCUUUAGCCCUGAGGUCAAGGAGCUGCUACUACGCCUGCGUAAGACCUACAAGCUCCUGCUCAUGACCAACGGGCCCUCAGGCAUCCAGAGGCUCAAGAUGGCCCGCUGCGGCGCCGACGAUUACUUCACUGGCAUCAUCGUCAGCGGUGAGCAACCCCACCCUAAGCCCAACGUCUCCAUCUUCGAGACGGCCUUCCAGAUGCUGGGAGUGCCCGCUGAGCGCUGCAUUAUGGUCGGCGAUUGUCUGAGCACCGACAUCCAAGGCGGCCUGGAUGCGAAUUGCCUGGCAACCGUCUGGAUCGACCCCAAGCGACAGAACAAAGAGAUCUUCUUCCCGAGCCCCAACUACAGUAUUUCCUCCGUCAUGGAUAUCGACAAGGUUCUAGAUGACAUCAAUGCUUCUGCUGCUACAUCUCAGUAAAAGGUUUACUCACUAUGCAUACAGGUAAUAAGUUAAGGGCCGGGUUUGACCAGAGUGUUGCCUCUACUGUUCACAACUUAGAAAACAAAUUGCCAGUGAUUAAUUCGGUUGAUUAACACAUAAUUAAUAAAUCAAAAUGAAAGCAAUCAGUGAAAAAAUCUUAAUCUGUAAAAAUGCUCAAAAUAAUGUACUAAAAUAUCAAAGUCAACUGCUUAUGAAGCUCUAUUUUAGAUGUACAUUUGUAAAAGAUUGCCAAGAAUUCGAGGCUUUAUUCAGCAUCAAAGUGGGCAAAUUAGUUCGUCAAAAAAAUAUAGAAAUGCAAGUUAUUUAGGCUUUCAACCCACCUACAGUAUGUGUCUUAUAGAAAUGAAUUUAUUAUUUCAAUUUAGAGUGAUAGCCUACAGUCUGGCUGUUGGCUGUUUAUUUCUCAAUUUAUUCAUGUUAUUUGUUUUCCUGCUAUGAAUCAGGGGCGCACCUUUUCACCAGCUAGGCUUACUUUGAUAAACAGUUUAACAUUAACAAAGUGUGUGAGUUUGUGCAAUGUGCUCGCAGUGCAAAAAGAAACAAAAUGUGUAAAAUAAAUUGUACUGCCAGGGAGAAAUUUAAGAGGGAAAAAAAGAAGACAAGAAUAAUGACUGAAAUUCUAAGAUACUUAAUCUGAGUAACCACAAUAUUUUUGUACAGAAGAAGUCUUAUAAAAAUCUGAAGUAUUAGUGUAAUGGUACUGUUGAGUGGGCAGGGCUGUGUUGUGCAUCAUGCUGACGUCGUACUGAAAUUGAAGUUUGUUUGUUUUCUUUUGCCAACCCCAUAGCUGGGCUACAAAAUGAACGUAUUUAGUGUUCAUUGCUGUGUUUCAUAUACAAUUGAUCACCUUUUUAAAAAAAAUUGUUUUCCAGUCAGAGGUGUUUUGUGAGUUGGAAGACCAACUUGACCUUUAAUAAUUGUUGACUGCUUUGAUGACGUUUUGAACAUACUAUGCGUCCCGGGGGUGUUCAAAAUGUCGUUUCCCACAUCACAGCAGUCAACUAUCGUUUUGUUAUACCUCUGUCUUGGAUUCUUUGGAUUUUGAUGUAAAAAUCGCAAAACAAACAGCAGUGAACGCAACAAUCAUGACAAUGGAACAUCAACUCGCAUGCAUGUCGCGUGCUCAAAACAGCUGAUCGUCUGCUAGUUCACUGCUCCCACUCAUGUGUGAAAACAUGAUGAAAAUAGCGUGGGUACCAACGGUGCAAGUGUUUCACUCCGUACGUACCGUACAUACAAAGUCACAGCACAGUCCCUUUGGGAUAUCAUGUACGUGAUAUCCCACAGGGAGUGUGCCAUGACUUUUUAUAAACUUAACACAUGAUUGUUCUAGGCCAAUAAGAAUACAGUAUCCAAAACGGAAGUAUAACAAUUAUGUUUUGCACAGCACCGUCCAGAGUGUAUUUUAUGGUAAACGUAUACAAAACUACGCUAAAUGUGUAACAUGCGCAUACAUGUACCGGUAGGUUUCUCUCAUCUGCAAAAUUUGUAGGUGUAUGAUGUUUUAUGUACAAUGACGUAGUAGUUGGUCUCCACAGAGAGCAACAGUAUAGCUAUUAAGUGAAUUGUCAGUGCCAUCGUUACCAAGAAUUUUCAAUUGACGAGAAAGGUUUACUGCGAAACAACAAAAAGCAGAUACAGUUGUAUAUGUACCUGCAGCUUUUUCUGAUCCUAAUGUUUAAAGUAAUGAACCUCACAAGUCAACAGAAUAAAAUUCUAGUCAACUUUAAAAACUGCCUUAUGCAGAGUGGAGGGAGAAGAAUCUAAAAAAAAAAAAAAAA